AGGCCCGCGCGCUGUGGCCGCUGACCGAGGCGGCGGGGAGCUGGUGGGUGUCGGUGCGCGUGGACCAGCUGAAGGAGGGUUGACAGUGAAGGAGAUCCGCGAAAGCAACCCCAGCAAGGUCUGGGCGGUCACGAAGCUGACGUCCCGCGAGGGGGCGGUCCAGCGCAUGUCGCUGAGCGAGACCCGCGCAGGACGCUGGCACACGAACCACCGCAUCAUCGACGUGAGCGACCGUCCGGAGGGCGCCUGCCGGCAAGGACCCUGCCGGAGAGCGCGGCCGCAGCCGCCGCGAGGGACCCGGAGGGGCAGAUCCACUCCAUCUGAGCCGCCUGCUCCGACUGCAUAGGCGAUGCAGUGCGAUCCUCCGACUCUGAGAUCUGUUGUUGGCCCGAAACAACGCUGAUCGCCCGUUGCGAAAAAAUGCGACGUUCGGAUCUCAGGGGGCCCACCUUCCGUUCCAGCCCCGUUCGGGCCGCCCCCAUUGCCACAUAAGGCGCUCGAUGUAGCAGUCUGCCCGGAGUCCACCGCCAGCUGCCAGACGCCCCGCCCACAAGUGGCAGGGCCGAGGGGCUUUUGGGAUGCGGACCCGCAGGAGCGCCAGUAGUGAGGAUCAGCUCCGAGGACGCUGCGCUGAAGACGCAUGCGCUCGGCGCUGAGAGCGGGGAGCUUCCUCCCCAGAUCUGUCGUCAGGAAAUCACGGCGGAUGGUUUUUUUCUUGGCCGUCGGCGGCCCCCGGGUGUCCCUGCCGGGCUUUCUGGUGCCGUCACGACACGGGCCGCGCGGACUUUCCAAAAAGUUGUUGUUCCUGGUGUUUUUUUGUUCGCCUCUACACGUGCAGUUUCGCCUUGCCCAGGCUCAGUGAAGUGUCCCUCCCGCUCCCGGACUAAGCUCCGCAGCGGUGCACGAGAGAGAGGGAGAGAUGUGGAGUCCCAGGCGCUGCGUGAGCGUCAAGAAAAA